AUGGCUGUCAGUCGCCCCCCACUGCACCGCCCAACGGAUGGCCGUUCGCAACAACCCCUCCUCAAAGAUGACCACCAUCGACGGUCCCGAUCCAGCUUUGGCCAUGCCGACACAGAAGCUCGCCCUAUGCUACAUCAUACAAGGCGGCCGACCUUUCGGAGUAAAAGCCCGGAGCUUGAUGCCGCCCAGGCAACCAAGAAAAAGUACAUGGUUGCAUCGGGAUUUCUCCUUCUAAGCCUGGUCAGCUUCGUGGUACAAACGGAGACGGCAUCGUAUAUCCAAAAUGACUUGGGGUGGAAGAAACCGUAUUGCAUGCUUUACAUGACACACGGCUCAUGGUCCCUUCUUUGGGUGGUUCAACUGGGGAUCCUCCGGAUACAGAAGCGCGGGAUUUCGUGGGAUGCUUUUUGGCGUCGUCAUGUCUCGCUUGUUCGGACCACUGCGCAAAUGGUGGCAUCUCAAGAAGUGCACCUGAGUACCCGCUCGUCGAAUCGUUCGCCUGUCCGCUACAUGAUCAAAACAACAGCUUUCGUGACCACGGCUCUCACCAUUGCGGGAGGAUCAUGGUACGUAGCUGUUAACAUGACUACGGCCAGUGACCUCACGGCGAUCUACAAUUGCUCUGCCUUUUUCGCGUAUGCAUUUUCUAUUCCACUGCUGAAUGAGAAGCUCCGUUUCGAUAAGGUGUUCUCUGUAGCUGUGGCUACGAUUGGUGUGAUGGUGGUUGCCUAUGGAGAUCGACCGCAGAAGAAAGCAUCAGAUGGGGAAAGCACGUCGGAUAACAGUGCGCAGAAUAGACUGCUAGGAAACAUCGUUAUUGGCAUUGGGAGCAUCCUCUAUGGACUGUACGAAGUGCUCUAUAAACGCUUUGCAUGUCCUCCAGAAGGCACCAGUCCUGGUCGUGGCACGAUAUUCGCCAACACUUUCGGCAGCCUGAUCGGAUGUUUCACCUUGUUGGUGUUGUGGAUUCCAAUCCCAGUAUUGCAUUGGUUGGGAUGGGAGACUUUCGAAUGGCCGACGGGCGAGGCGGGAUGGAUGCUGAUCAUAUCCGUUGCAUCCAAUGCUACAUUUUCCGGCUCCUUCCUCGUCCUUAUUUCCCUUACAUCACCCGUCCUUUCAUCUGUAGCCGCCCUCCUCACCAUUUUCCUCGUCGCUCUCGUGGACUGGUUCCGCACCGGCGAGCCGCUCUCUAUGGCAUCUAUCAUCGGAGGCAUCUUGAUCAUGGUGGCAUUUUUCAUGCUGAGCUUUAGCACCUACAGGGAGCUAAAUGAGGAGCGAAAGAAGAACCUCGAGAACGAUGAGGUCGAGUCUGACAGCGACCUAUAG